AUGGUGUACAAACGCCUCGAGCAGUUAUACUGCGGCCCGGUAUGUGAUGUCUACAAAGGAGUACUGUCUGACGGAGUGGUGGUGGCCUUAAAAGUUGCAGAUAAAGACUUUAUGAAGGAACCCCACAAUUUCCGUCGAGAAAUUGAGAUUCUUCGGAGCCUAAGCGAAGAUCAACAUCGCAACAUAGUGCCUUUUUUAGACUACUACUAUAUGAAGGCGACGGACGAAAAUGUGUUGGUGAUGCCGUUUUAUGAGAUGGACCUCUGUCUGUUGAUGAAGCAGAACAUGAAGAGAAAGAUGCGAUUUCGUCUUGAGGACCCUGCUAAAAACAAGGUAGAGGAAAGAAAUAACUUGGAUUUGGAGGCGGCAAAGGAGAUAACGUUUGGUUUGGCGGCAGCGGUCAAGUAUUUGCACGGAAAACAUUUCAUUCAUAGAGACAUCAAGCCAGCCAACGUAUUCUUCAAGUCGUCUUCGGAAAGGCCAUUCGUGCCCGUAUUGGGCGAUUUUGGUAUCUCGUACCCGGUGGACUAUCCGCCGUCCCUGGAACCUGCAGACCAAAAGGUGGGCGACAUUGCAACUGGGUACUAUAAGGCACCUGAGCUUUGCUUUGGAGUCACUGACUACUCGUACGAGGUAGAUCUUUGGCUGCUUGGGAUCUUGAUACUGUAUUUGUACUCGAAUGAUGGGCAUCCGGUAAACAGAGAAGUUGAAGAAGACGAGCACGAGGAGAUGCCUCAGUUGAAUGACUUCGUGCUUCUUCGAGGGCUCUUCAAAAACUUCGGUACGCCCACCAUCACAGACCCAGAUAGCGAGCUCUAUUGGGGGAAAAUGGCUAGUGAAAAUUUUCAUUUUGUCAAAUUCAACUACACACAGCAUCCGAGGAAGCCAGUGGAAGAGCUCUUGCCAAGAUGCAACGACGAAACUGUGAAGCAAUUGUUCAGCGGUUUGACUCGGUACGAUAACAGAGUACUCAAUCUCGACCAUAUUUAG